AUGUCGGCCCAGAAUUCUGCGGGUAUCCAAACCCUAUUGGACGCAGAGAGGGAUGCACAGAGGAUAGUCCAGAAAGACAAGAAAGAUCGAACCAAACGUGUCAAGGAAGCAAGAGACGAGGCCAAGAAAGAAGUUGACGCCUACAAAGCAAAGAAAGAUUUAGAAUUUAAAAGAUUUGAAUCUGAGCAUGCCUCCAACAACAAGAAAGCUGAAGAGGAUGCGAUUAGUGAAGCUGACUCCAAAAUGAAGCAAAUUCUGGAAUUUGGUAAGAAGGGAGAAGGUGAAGUUAUUCGAAAUCUACUAGGUGGUGUAUUUGAGGUUACACCUGUCGUUCCAAAGCGUGUUGAGGUUAUCAAAUAA